GCAAUUUCCUAAUUGUUUCUCAAAUAGAGGCAGCAGUACCUGAUACGAUUUUGAUGCUGCUUUAUUUUAAAAAAUGACCGAAGUGAAGAAAGAUGACGUCAUUAAAGUUCUACAUACGUAUCCUCUAUGUAGAAAGUGCGAUAUGUCGGAUGAAAUGAAACAAGAAGCAAUGGAACUGUGCGUUACCGCGGCCGAAAAAUAUGCCGAUAAUUAUGAAAACGUUUCUCGAAUGAUCAAAGAGACGAUGGAUAAGAAAUUCGGCGCUUCGUGGCACACGGUUGUGGGCGAAGGCUACGGAUUUGAAAUAACUUAUCAACUGAAACACCUGUUAUACAUGUAUUGCGCUGGGAAUUUAGCGAUAUGCAUAUGGAAAUCGGCAUAG